GCAGACCCCCAGCGCCGAGCUAAUGGAGGCAACUUAGUCAGAAGCAGGCGCGGCCCCUCGUCUCUCGGCGCUGCCUGCUCCCCCCGCACCGGGCGCGGCGCUCCCCGCCGAGCAGCCGCCCGAGCGCCGCCGGGCCCGCGGGACUGCCUGGCCGCUUGCGCUGCCCCGAUGAUGUUACCGAGCCCCGUCACCUCCACACCCUUCUCUGUCAAAGACAUCCUCAACCUGGAGCAGCAGCAGGACCCGCACUAUGGGGCCCAGCUCCCGCACCACCUGGAGCACCACUUCCACCCCGCUGCCUGCCUGCUGGCGGCCGCCGACGGCGCCCGGUUCUCCGACGGCGAGGAGGAAGAGGAGGAGGAAAAGCUCUCCUACCUGAGCCCCAUGGCAGCGCCCGGCAGCCAGGCAGACGCGCGGAUCUCCGCCGAUAACUACGUUCACGCCGUGCUGCGUGGCUCCUGCGAGGCCCCCGGCCCGGGAGAAGAGCUGGAGCCGGCGGUCCGAGACCCAAAGAGCUGCGUCCUGAAGAAGCCGCUGGACGCAGCGGAGAAGGCGGAGGAGACGGAGAGGCCGAAGCAGCGGAGCCGGAGGAAGCCGCGCGUCCUCUUCUCCCAGGCGCAGGUCUUCGAGCUGGAGCGUCGGUUCAAGCAGCAGCGUUACCUGUCGGCGCCCGAGCGGGAGCACCUGGCCAGCAGCCUCAAGCUCACCUCCACGCAGGUGAAGAUCUGGUUCCAGAACCGGCGCUACAAGUGCAAGCGGCAGCGGCAGGACAAGUCGCUGGAGCUGGGCGGCCCCGCGGCCCCGCCGCCGCCGCGCAGGGUGGCCGUGCCCGUGCUGGUCCGCGACGGCAAGCCGUGCCUCGGCGGGUCGCAGGGCUACGGCUCGGCGUACAACGGGCCCUACUCCUACAACGGCUUCCCCGCCUACGGCUACGGCAACGCUGCCUCCUACAACCCCGGUUACGGCUGCACCUACCCGGCGGGCACCGGCGGCGCGUCCAUGCAGGCCGCCUGCAGCCCGGCGGCGGCCGCCAGCCCCUUCGUGAACGUGGGCGGCCUGGGGGGUUUCAGCGGCGGCGGCCAGCCGCUGCACCAGCCGGCGGCGGGGCCUUCCUGCGGCCAGGGCGCACUGCAGGGCAUCCGGGCCUGGUAGCCCGCACGCACUGAGGGUCGGGAGCGGACCGAGAGGACGGCCCGGCGGCCCCGCGGCCCCGUCAGCGCCCGCACCGCAGCCCGGCUGCGCGCCGCGCGCCUGGACCGGAGGCGGCGGCGGCGGCGGGACGGCGCGGCGGGACCCCGGCGCUCCCGCCAGCAUCGGUGCGGGGCCGGCGGACGGAGCGGAGCAGAGCGGAGCGGGGCGGAGCGGCAGGACGGGGCCGCGCUAGCCCGCAGCGAAGCGCCGCCGCCCCGCGGAGCCGCCGCGACGGCCGGGCGGGCCGGAGCCGAUCGCGCCGCGCCAGCGGAGCAGCUUUGCUUGUAAAAAGCCGACGGCGGGGCCCGCUAGUGCCGCGGGCCCUCUAUCUACUCUGUAUUGGUCACUGCCAGCGCCAGCUCGCCCAGUCAGUCAAUAAACCAGGUGCAAUACUCGCCGCCCGAUCCUCCUUCGUCCACCGGCCGACGCCCGGCGGAGGGGCCGGGGCCCGUGCCCGGCGGCGGGGCGAUCGCCGCGUCGUGCCCGCGGGGCAGGGCGGUCCGGCCGGCUUGUGAGCGUGCCAAGGGCGCUGAAUGGGGCCGCGUAGCUCAGAGCCGGGCCCAUUGUGGCCGACGGGCCGGCGCUGAAAGGAGCCGCCGAGGAAGGUAGCGGGAAUAGGCGCUUAUUGGAUUCGGGAACAAAAGGUGUGGCAGGGAGGCGAGGGACAAAGGGGCCCCGGCGCCGAGAUUGACGGGCCGCUUUGCCCCCCACUGAGGCCCAGGCCCGGCGCUUUAUGCGCGGGGGCUGCAGAAACGUGCUGGGUUUUGUUCCCCGUUCUGGGAGCGCAGGGGAAGAGGAGGGGGGUCCGCGGGCCGCUGAUUAGGGCCAGCCGGGCCGGGCAGCCUGAAUGCCGGGGCAUUAUUGCUACAUGUUCAGCCAUUUCGCUCGAUUGCAGGGGGAGGGGGCGGCCGAGGCCCCCGAGCCCCACGGGACCGGCCGCGGGGUCGCCUGUCGCCCGCCCUGUCCCGGGCCGCCCGGUCCCGCUGUCGCUAGCGAGGCGCUCUCGGAGCGGCGGCGGCCCCGCUGCCGCGGCCGUGCCUCUGCCGUGCCUCUGCCGUGCGGCUCCUGCCGAGCGCCGCCGCAGGGGCCGGAGCC